CCACCUGUUCUGUUGAUGCCUCCGCCUCCUUUCCGCCUCCUCACGCAGCUUCCUCAGCUUCCUCAGCUCCUCUGGAAACACUAGCCUGCACCCCUGUGAACUUUUACCUUCAAACCUUUCCGCAACAGACGUCAAGAGAAAGCUGGAGCUUCAGUCUACCGCUUCAAGUUUGUCUGUGCGUCACAUGGAUUGUGCUUUCCAUUUAUGAUUUCCGGAUAUCGCGGAUACAGGCUGCAGGUCUCAUUGCUGCAGUCUCAUGCCACCUGCCAGAUGUUACCACCUGCUGCCUGCUUGGGACCGAUUUGAUGUGACCCUCAGACCUCAUUACUGGUCAUCAUGGGAUGUGGCACCUCUGUUUCCACAGAAACGCAGGACAAAGUAGUGGAGAAAGAUGAUUCAGUUAAGGCUCCCAACCCCGCUCUGACUAUGAAGGCUGCUGUUUUGAUCCAGCGAUGGUACCGACGCUACAUGGCCCGCCUGGAGAUGAGACGUCGGUACACCUGGAACAUUUUUCAGUCCAUCGAAUACGCCGGAGAACAGGAUCAGCUUCAGCUCUCCAGCUUCUUCAGCUUCAUGCUCGAUAACUUCACUCAGCUGAACGGAAAUGGUCCAGACCUGAUCUCCCAGUUGCUGGACCCGGUUGUCGACCCCUGGUUGGACAGAGAGACCUGCUUCAACAUGAUCCCUGUUCCUGAGUCAUACACCGGGCCCCGACUGUCCUUUCCUCUCUCCGUCUCAGACACAAAUGCUCUCCUCAAUGGUUUUAAAGAGCAGCAGACUCUUCAUGCCAGAUAUGUUCUGCAGCUGCUGUACGAGACCAAAAAGCUCCUCAAACAGAUGCCGAAUAUCAUCCACUUAUCAACAUCCUACACCAAUGAGAUCACUAUAUGUGGAGAUCUGCAUGGACGGCUUGAUGACUUACUCCUCAUAUUCUAUAAGAAUGGCCUUCCCUCUGCCGAGACGCCGUACGUGUUUAACGGGGACUUUGUGGACCGUGGGAAAAAGUCGGUCGAAGUGGUCAUGCUCCUCUUCGCUUACCUUCUGCUUUACCCGGAUUACAUGCACCUGAACAGAGGGAACCAUGAAGACCACAUCAUGAACCUCAGAUAUGGAUUCACAAAAGAAGUCAUGCAGAAGUACAAGGCUCAUGGCCGUGAAAUCCUCCAGCUGUUUCAGGACGUUUUCAGCCUCCUUCCCAUCGCGACAGUCAUUGAUGGAAAGAUCCUGAUUGUUCAUGGAGGGAUCUCCGACCAGACUGACUUGGACUUCCUCGGCUCCAUAGAGAGGAACAAGGUUAAAUCUGCCCUGAGGUUUCCCAGGCGCAGUUUGGGACAGCUGGAUAUCGGUCAAUGCUGCAGACAGAUGAAGGGAAUAAGAUCGACUGACAGCUCUCGUGCCAGCAGCAGCUGCAGCCGCAGCAAGAACCACAGAACACAAAACCAGAGGAAGAGGAGGUGUUUUCCCAGCCGACAAGACAGCGCCAUCUCCACUUCCUCUUCCUCCUCUUCGUCCUCCUCCUCUUCCUCCUCCCGGUGCUCUCCUCGGACGCCGUCCCACCUCACGCCCUGUCAGUGUCCAUCCUUUCCUAGCUCGCCUCACGCCAUCAGUGUGCUCCAAGUGCCUUUCCUGGACUCACUGUCCUCUGUUGGCCCUCCGUCACCUCCACAGCAUGAGCGUGAAUGGAAACAGAUAGUGGAUAUACUGUGGAGCGACCCUAAAACACAAGAAGGCUGCAGUCCUAACACAUUCAGAGGUGGAGGCUGCUACUUCGGCCCUGACGUCACACAGAGACUUCUGCUCCAACACGGACUGCAGCUGCUCAUCAGAUCCCACGAGUGCAAACAGGAGGGAUACGAGCUCUGUCAUGGUGGACAGGUGAUCACAAUAUUCUCAGCAUCGAACUAUUAUGAGGAGGGAAGUAACCGAGGGGCUUACAUCAAAGUGGGUAGAGAACUGGUUCCCCGCUUCUACCAGUACCAAGUCAGCCGCACAACGCGCAAACUCACCCUGACACAGAGGGUCCGAGUUGCAGAAGGCUCUGCUCUCAGGGCUCUGAAGGAGAAACUGUUCAGCCAUCGCUCUGAGCUCAUGUCGGGCUUCCAGCAGUACGACCAGAAUAACAAAGGUUGUGUGUCGGUCAGUGAAUGGACUCUGGUGUUGGAGGCUGUCCUGAGACUCGACCUGCCAUGGAGGACUCUGCGUCCGCACUUAGCCCGUCUGACACCAGAUGGCAGCGUGGAGUACCAGUCCUGCUUUGAGGACAUGGGACCAGGGAACUCUCUGCCACAGGUCACUCCAAAUUUAGCUGAAACUCUCUUCAGAUACAGGACGGACAUCGAGAUAAUAUUCAACAUUAUAGACAAAGACCAUUCAGGUCUGAUCUCCAUCGAGGAGUUUCGUCACACCUGGCGUCUCUUCACUGCACACCUUGGUGUUGACAUCGACGACAGAGCCAUCGAUGACCUGGCCCGGAGUAUUGACUUCAACAAGGACGGCAGUAUAGACUUUACUGAGUUCCUGGAGGCCUUCAGGGUGGUUCAUAAACUUGACAAGGAUCAGCAUGUGAAUGGAAGAUGAACAGAAAGAAGUAUUUAUGGAGGGGAAGAAUCUAUACCCUUCAAGAACGUGGUCUGUAUGAUCAGCGGGGAAAGUGACAGAGGGAAAAAAGUAGGAAAGCGUUGAUGAGAUGAAGUGAUUUAGAAUUAUUUUUAGUUUAAAAACAACCUCACAUUGAAACACUACAUCAAAGUAAUGAUUUGUUUUUUUCCAAGCAUAUCCAAUGGGAUGGCAAAGGUCCUGCGCUGUAGGAUGUCUCAAUAUCGCAGUUUCCUUUCAAAGUAAAAUAUCUCAAUAACUAUUGGAUGGAUUGCCAUGUAAGUCUGUAUAGGCGUUCAUGGUCCCCAGAAAAUAAAUCCUGUUCGACAUUCCUCAACACUUGAUCUAGAACCACCAGCAAGCUUAUAUUUGAAGUGCAAGAAAAAAUUAUCUAUGAAUCAAUAUUAUUUUUACUGAUGUAGUGCCACAUCAA